CUGCUAUAAUUUAUACGGUGAUUGGUGAUGAUUUAUAAAAAUGGGGCCGCUUGUUUCUAAUAAGAAAUUAUUAUUUUUUGUGUAUCAAAUUAUUUUACUUUCAUUAGUAGCCCAAUGUUAUUCGAACGAAAUUCUCGGAUGUGGUGGAUUUGUAAAAAGUCACGUUAACUUAGAUUUUUCUAAAAUAGAAAUAGGCUUGUACACCAAAGAAGGAAUUCUCAAAGAAAAAACGGAAUGCGCUCCGACCAAUGGAUAUUAUUUUCUACCUAUGUACGAGCACGGGGAAUAUAUUUUAAAAGUACAUCCCCCAGCUGGUUGGAGUUUUGAGCCUUCACAAGUGGAAUUAGUGGUUGAUGGUGAAACAGACCAAUGCUCCACUGGAGAAGAUAUAAACUUUGCCUUUAAUGGUUUCGGUAUAACAGGUCGAGUGAUAACUGCUGGCCAGAGUACCGGACCCAGUGGUAUAACUGUGCAGUUGGUGGAUGGUAGUGGACAUGUUAGGGAGACUGUCAGUUCAACUAGUGGAGAUUUUCAUUUCACCCCAGUAAUCCCUGGAAAGUACACACUUAAAGCAUCACAUUCAAAAUGGAAGCUGGAGCCAGCUCAAGCAGUGGUGCAGGUGAAGGAGGGGAACACAGCACUGCCUGUGGGAGUGCUUGCAGUUAAGGGAUAUGAAGUGGGGGGCUUAGUUACAUCAUUUGGUAGCCCUAUUGCUGGAAUAUAUGUCUUGUUGUACUCUAAAGUGGAGAAACAGAAGUUCCGUGUGGAAGGUUGCAAUACUGCACUACUGCAAGGUGUACCGGACUCUCCAAUAUGUCACUCUGUGACGGAUGCAUCAGGGGAGUUUCAAUUUGGACUGGUGCCGGCGGGAGAAUACAAACUGUUGGCUCUGUCCAAGCCCCCCGGACAGGCAGCUGUCAGCUACAACAUUCAGCCAGACAGUGUGCCUUUUAGCGUGAAACAUGAUAACAUUUACAUCAAAAAUGCUUUUGAGGUGACAGGAUUCACAGUAGUAGGAUCAGUGCUGAAUGCCCCCGGGGGUGAAGGUAUGUCCGGCGUGCGCGUGCUCUUCGAUGGCACCCCAGUCGGCACUACCGAUGCUACCGGCAAGUUCACACUGCCCUCCCUCAAGCCAGGACUCUACACACUCACCUUCCAACAUGAGCAGUGCGAGGUGGAGGAGGUGCAUAUGGAGGUGGGUGCGCGGGGGCCGGCGGGCGCGGUGGUGGGUGCGGCGGCGCGGUGGCGCGUCUGCGGGCAGGUGUCCCCGCCCGAGCAGCGCCGCGUGCAGCUCGCCGCGCACCACCACCUCCACCACGUCACGCCGCAGCCUGAUGGGACUUGGUGCACAUUCUUAGCACCUGGCACUUAUACGGCCAAAGUCGAAGUCUCCGAGGAGGAGUUGAGAGAUGGAUUGCAAUGGUACCCGGCGAGCCGGUCAGUGGUGGUGGGGCGAGGCGGCGGCGUGACGGAGGUGACGUUCUCUCAGGUGCGUGCGCGCGUGCGCGGCCGCGUGGUGACGCAUGACGUCACACCCCCAACCACCGCCACCCCCACCCUGCGUCUGCGUCUGCGCACCCUCGCACCUGACGGCGGCUACGCCUCGCGCGCACCACUCCUCACCACCCAGCCCAACGACAAGGGCGAGUACGAGUUCAGCGACGUGGUGCCGGGCAGCGUGGAGGUGUCGGUGGAGAGCGCGCGGCUCUGCUGGGCGGACUCCAGGCACAACGUGGCCGUGGCCGGGGAGCUCGCCCUCGUGCCGCCAUUCGAACAGGCCGGCUACCUGCUGCACAUCGUCUCCGACCAGGACAUCGAGGUGCGCUCCGCCCCCUUGCACGUUAAGGUUUGUCGUAAACAUUUGCAGACGGUGGAGUUCAGGGCGGUGGCUCACGCGGCGGUGGUGCGCGUGACGUCGCCGGACCCCGUGUCCGACCUGGUGCUGCACGUGGUGGGGGCGGACGGCAGCCGCGACCUCGGACCCCUCACGCCCGUACCCGACCCCGCCGGGGGGUACGUCUUCGAGCACACCUUGUAUCUGGCCGAUGGCGAGGAGGUGUCGGUGCGGGCGACGUCGGCGACGCUGCUGGUGUCGCCGCGGUCGGGGCAGCGCGUGCGGGGCGCGCCGGGGUGCGGGGCGGCGGCGCUGCAGCUGCAGGCGGCGCGCGGCCUCACGCUGGCCGGCCGCCUGCUGCCGCCAGUCGCGGACGUGCUCAUCACGCUGCGCUCCGAUGAAUUGGUCCUGACGCAAGUGACCGGGGAGGACGGCACGUACCGGUUCGGUCCGCUGGAGCGCGGGCGGCGGUAUGCUGUGAGCGCGCAAAAGGACUCGUACGUGUUCGGCGAGCGCGACGAGGACGGCAACAUCGUAGCCAGCAAGCUCGCAGAGAUCCUGGUCGAGCUGCAGGACGAGGCCGACGGCAAGCCGCUGGAGGGUGCGCUGGUGUCGGUGAGCGGCGGCGAGUACCGGCGCACUGCGGCGUCGGACGCGGAGGGUCGGCUGCGGUUCGUGUCGCUGGCGCCGGCGCAGUACUACGUGCGGCCGCACCUCAAGGAGUACCGGCUGCGGCCGCCGCACGCCACGCUCACCGUGCCGCCGCACACGGACGACGCGCCGCACGCCGACAUGCUGCACACGCUUCGCUUCACGGGAGUGCGAGUGGCGUGGUCGGUGUGGGGCAGCGUGGUGUCGCUGAACGGUGCGGGCGUGGCGGGGGCGGGCGUGCGCGCUCUGCCCGUGCCGCCUUCCGCUGAGACCCCGCCCCCCGCACACUGCGUGCCGCAGGACGCCACCGCCUCGUUGGACGCUACCUUCCGAAUUCGUGGUUUGAUGCCAAAUUGUUUCUACAAACUUGAGCUGAAGGAAUCCUCUGCAGAGGAAUUGAGCGGCCUGAGGCUCGCUAAGGCGCCGCCAGUCAUCGAAAUGAAGGAGCAGGACGUGCAGAACGUGCGUCUGAUAGCGAUCCAGCGCGUGGCGGUGACGGACGGCGGCGUGGUGGUGCGCGCGCCCGCCGAGUACAUCCGCACGCUG